AUGGAUCACCACGGUAGCGCGACGUCUUUGAGUGAUGCCUAUUCACUUGCUGACCUUUUCGCGGACUGCGUCGAGUCUAUCAACUUGAUCCAUGGAAACCAUGAGGAGUCUCACGCCGAAGAGAUUCUCACAACACAGCUCGGUAUCGAACAAGCCCGUCUUCUGAUCUGGGGAGAUGCGGUUGGAAUUACUUCACCACCGGCCGCUACAGGAAUCACUUCUGCCAUUCCACGGCAUCCUGGCGCACUGAACCCAGAACCUGAGAAGGCCUUGUACUUUGGAACACGAGAUGCGAGACUCGAUGACCCGCGCUUCAGGAAGCGUGUUGUGGAUUCGUUAGCUGCCAUUGCAAGCCCAAUGACACAAUUGCCCAAAGUCAAGAUGCUGCAAACCUACGGACUUGACCACUUCAAGGGCUCACCAAAAGUACGCGAGGCCCAUAUGCUGGCUCCCAAUCCUUUCAGAUUGCAAGCUUUCCGUGAGAAGUUGGAACUUUUGCAAGAAGUAGUCACGGCAUAUCCUCACGCAAAGGCCCGCAAACAAUUCGGAGUCAACAAGAAAGUAGCGUGGCAGAUAAUGGAUGUAGCCAAGGGUCGCGAGUUAUGCACUCUGAUACGCGAAAAGGUGGAUUACCUGGUUCAACUUAUGGACAUCCAGGCAAGGUUAGACCUGUCGAUGCGAUCCGACGUGCGCGCCAUGGGUUGGCAUCCUAGCGAAGACAUGAAUGCGACAAUCCGCGAUACACUGAAGCUCUCACUCCUGGUUGAAGCUUCUGAGACACUGUACCCUGAAUACAGCACUGCAGCACAGGAAGCCAUGGACAACGUCACUGAUCAAUGGAAAGGCAGUCAUGGGUAUGAUGCUGCAAUGUCUGAACAUCAUAAUCCAACAAUUCACAAGACGGCCUCUCACACAAUGCUCUCGCAACCCAUUCGCCCAUCUCAAGAAGCACCCAGGCCGACUGUCUCACCACCAAAGACACCGAAGAAGGGCAAACUACUUGGUUCUCUGCGACCAAAGCUUACUCGUCUGUUUUCGGGCAAGAGUAUGGAGAGGCUGUCCCCUGCUACCGCCGACCCUUCAAGGUCCAGAUCCGAGAGCGGUCCUAGCGGUGGUGCUGAAUCAUUGGAGCCCAUGCGCAGCAAGUCCUUGGCCAACGAUGACUUGACGCAUGUUCUCACACACACUGCGACUCUCGAGAGUAUGAUCAGUCGACACGACCAGUUCCCUGGAGACGACAGGAUGACUUCGCUGGAGAUGAGGAGGAAAUGA